AGACACAACUUCUUUCUAUCACUUGAUAUUGACAUAAAAUCGUAUAUUCUCGCGCAACUGGAUUGACGCGAGAUGUGAGAUUGCCAUUACAGUUGGCUUUCCGCAUGACAAAGUCAAUCUCCGAAGAGGUCCUGCCCAGCGCAUUAGCAACAAUGAAACUUCAACCUGAAAACGAGAUGUUUGCUCUUGACAGCGACUCGGACUUUGCUGAGGAUGAAGUCAGACCACUUUUCGGCGCACACCCCACUUCAUCAUCUCGCUGUAGACCUCCAAGCAGGAAUUCUGCGAUAGCGCUGGUAGUUUUGUUUCUGUCGAGCUUGGUGAUACUACUCAGUGUAACCACAGCUCAUGAAAUUCCAAACAUCGAUGAUACAAAAAUAUCUCAUUAUUGGGGCCAAUACUCACCUUUUUUCUCACUCGAAGACCAGUCGGAAAUCAACCCUGCAAUACCUCCGGAAUGCAACAUUACAUUUGUGCAGGUGCUCGCUAGACAUGGCGCAAGAUUUCCAACCGCUCACAAGAGUGCAAUGUACACCAAGCUUGUCGACAGAAUCCAACAGACGGCUACGGAAUACAAGACUGAUGUUUAUGCUUUGUUAAAAGACUAUCGCUACAAACUUGGAGCUGAUGACUUGACUUCGUUCGGAGAGCAGCAGAUGAUUAACAUGGGCACUUCACUUUAUGAUCGAUACGAGCAAUUAGCGAGACAAAACGUUCCGUUUGUACGAGCAUCUGGCUCAGAUCGCGUCAUUGCGUCUGGAGCCUUAUUCAGUAAGGGAUUCAACGACGCAAAAGCUUUUGACCCAUACUCCGAUAAGUCACAGCACAAUACUACUGUCAGCCUGGUAAUUCCAGAAGGUCGCCAGUGGAACAACACUCUUGAUACCGGCACCUGUGACGCAUUCUCCGAUGGAAGUCCAGCACAUAAGGUUCAACAAGAAUUCCUUGGCAUCUUUGCACCAUCAAUACUAGAGAGACUUGUUGCCAAUAUGCCCGGCGUCAAUUUAGAGCUACACGACAUACCACUCCUCAUGGACCUCUGCCCAUUCGAGACAGUCAACAGCAAAAACGGCACCAUGUCGCCAUUAUGUGACCUGUUCACCCUUUCCGAAUGGCAAUCGUAUGAUUACUACAAUACUUUGGAAAAAUACUAUGCCUUCGGGGCUGGAAACCCAUUAGGCUCAACCCGCGGAGUCGGCUACGUCAACGAGAUAAUAUCACGCAUGACAAAGACUCUACCUGUGAGCGACCAUACAAGCGUCAAUCACACUCUCGACUCUGAUCCGACCACAUUUCCACUGGAUACUGCACUAUAUGCUGAUUUCAGUCAUGAUAAUGCAAUGGUAUCCAUCUUUGACGCGUUCGGGUUAUAUAAUUCGACUGUGCCUCUGUCAGCUAGAAAUGUGCAGUCGGCCACUGAGACGGAGGGGUACGCGGCGUCGUGGAUUGUGCCUUUUGCAUCAAGAGCGUUUUUUGAGGUGAUGGAGUGUUCGUCCUAUAACUUAGCAGGGGAAGAGCGUUUAGUUAGGGUCCUUGUGAACGAUCGAGUUGUUCCACUUCACGGAUGUGACAUUGAUUCACUGGGCCGAUGUAGACUGAAUGAUUGGGUUAAUGGACUUGACUUUGCGAGAAAUGGGGGUCGGUGGGAUGAUUACUGCUCGAAACCAAAGAAUGGUUGA